CAGUUUUAUUGGAGCUAUUUUGAUCAUAAUAGGACUUUACUCAGUUCUAUAUGACAAUAGCGAAAAUAUUGCAGGAAGAAAAAAUUGACAGUUCUCUUGAGUAUCUUAUUCUAGCCAGUGAUGGGCUACGGGACAUCGUCAUAAAAGAGGAAGCCGUUGCUAUGAUUAAACCACUUGAGGAUGUUGAGGAGGCAGCAAAGAGGCUGAUGCAAGAAGCAUAUCAGGGAGGUAGCGCUGACAACAUUACUUGUGUUGUCAUUUGUUUCUUGAUGAAUCAAGUCGGUUCUUCUCUACUAGCUCCGUGUAAUAAUCCGUCCUAAGAUAGAGGGUUUGUGCAUUGGUCAAGUGGUGGAUAUCCAAAGAUGUAAAGCUUAGGAAAAAAUCAGGUUAUAUCCGGAAUUAACAAAUUCAAACUUGUUAUUGUUCUGCUAAAUAGAGUUGUUCUCAUUGUAUCACUUACAUGAGUUAUAGCUAGGGAAAAUGUUAUGAGUAGGGAGAUUAACCAGACAUAAAACUACUACUGCAUGUAAACAUGAU